UUCUGUCAAGGGCUGUGCUACGGCUACACGUUCCCAACUACUACACAUCGAUCGUCUAUCAUUACAUCGUCUCUCGACGAGCUCGACAUGCACAGCUAGCCCCGGACGCUGCCACGCACCACCAUGAACGAGCUGGACCUGCACUACCCAGCAGACACCUGCCCCUUCUGCACCAUCGCCGCCGCGUAUCCCCCCUCCUCUUCACCCCUCUGGUCUUCAAAACAGGAGGACUUACUAUCCUGCGUGCCGUCUGGAGAUGUGGACCCAGAGAGGACUACCCCAGGGAGCUUCGUGGUCCUCGCGAGCAAGGAUGUCGUAGCGUUUCUGGACAUCUUGCCGAUGGUUGGGGGACAUUUGCUUGUUGCGACGAGGGGGCAUCGGGUCAAGGUUGGGGAUAUGGGGGGAACGGAAGGGAGGGAGAUUGGGUUCUGGCUUCCCGUGCUGUCGCGGGUUGUGAGCCGGGUGGCGGGCGUGACGGAUUGGAACAUUGUGCAGAACAACGGCGCGAGAGCAGCACAGGUGGUACCGCAUGUGCACUUCCACAUUAUUCCGAGGCCAGAGUCAAGACCGGAGAUCAAGAGCAAAAGUUGGACUAUGUUUGGGCGGGGGCAGAGAGACGAGCUGGACGACGAAGAAGGCGUGCGCAUGGCGGGCGAGAUGAGGAGGGUGCUGAGAGAGGAGAUUGCGAAGAUGAACGAGCGGCCGAAGUUAUAGACAUGGACGGAUGUCGUGUGGAAUACGUCUCUCGUUGAUGCCUCGAUAUGGGUCCCCGGCUUGGGAGCUCGGGCGCAUCUUCUGCUUCAACAAACCGCGAUGUAUUA